AUGAAUUGCUGUUCGUUUGUCUCGAUAAAACUCGAGAGCGGCUGGACCGAUUUGGCUAAUUUUAGUUUUAAAUUAUUUGUGGAAGUCCAGAGAAGGUUUAAAGGAACAUCACUAAAUUCACUAUACAAACACAACCACGCUUCCGUAUCGAAUAUAAGAAGCCGCUGCGAAUUAUCGAGCUAUAGUUCGCAACACAUCGUUAAGAUGGCCGCCAAACAUUACUUCAUCAUAUUUCUGCUCGUGUCUCUCAUGGCUCUCGCAGCCAGUAAGAGCUUGUUCGAGAAAUCGUGUCCUGAAAAUGCUCACACGACAUUGAACCCCUGCGUGCCGACCUGUGCAGACCCGGAAUUGAAACACACCAGCUGCGUGACGGCUUUCAUCGCAACCUGUCACUGUGAUUCUGGAUACCUCUUCAACUCGGAGGGAAAAUGCGUGCCCGUUGCCGAAUGUUGAAUAUGACGCGGAGGCUAUUUUAACUUUUUUCGAUUUGUAUUUUAUUAAAAAAGUUUAUCUAACUAUAACUAAACUAAACUACACUUGAGACCUUAGAACUUAUAUCUCA